GUUACUUCUUCCUUCACUUCACAUGUCUCUCUUUUCAGAGUUGGCGACCCAAAUAUGGGUGACAAUGAAGGACAGUUUCAGCAAGAUCCCAGCGACCUGUAUGCCAAGGUGAACAAAAAGAGGGGCAGAAGAGAAGGGUCUGAAGUGUAUGCCACAGUCCAGAAGGUUAUAUCCAAACAGUUCACGAACAGGGCGUUUCAAGGCGCAGCGCCGUCGCAUGAGAGAGCAGUUCUCAUCAACUUCCCAGACCAAUUCAAAGCAGAAAGCAACAACCGUGGCGAAACGAACGAUGACGGUCUGACGUAUGCCGACCUUGACCUUGCCCCGCCCACCCUGAUUGACGGCAUGUCCGUCAUACACAGCAGGGAGGAGCCCGUGGUGUACGAGGAGAUAGACUUCUCCCUCACCCCCGGGCCACAGAUGCCGGACAAGAUCUGGGAGGUUGAGGAGGAGGAGUGGGAGGAGCGCCGCAGGCAGAACUUCUGGGAAUGAAGAUGAACAAAACCUGAGAAUAUCAAGGUUUUGUUUCGAUGUUUACGAGAUUAUUGCAUUGAAAUAUUAAUUUCUCUCUUGGACGUUUUGAAUUCAUAUUACGAUCUAAAGUUAACCGUUAUUCAGAAACAUUUUCAAUAGAUUCAAUUCCUGCACCUUCAUGAUGAAAUAUAUAUCAACUUGACGUCAUUAGUUAUAAAUUAUUUUUUUAAACCUAAAUCAGACUGCCUGCCGUACCCAACCAUACCAAAUUGAGGUUUACGUCAGAGGCAACUUUCACGGCAUUUGUAUAUAGAGAUGACGCUAAAGUGAAUCUGUACAUAUGUUAGCUUUCACAUCAUUUAAAAAAACAAAACGCUCCAUCAAAUAUGUUUAGUAUGUGAGAUUAAAAUUUAGAAAAUAUAUAUUCAUAUAUAUUAUGUAUAAAUAUAAAUAUAUCACCCUCACAUGAGGAGUACGGUUGUCUACAUUAUUAUCAUAUGACACUUUUGAACGUUUAUUUUUCCUUUCUAAUGUGCUUUUCAUUUACACAAAGAUAACAAUACAAUAAUACACCCAAAUGUGUUUAUUUAAGGUUGUGUACGAGCUGUUUUGACAUUUAAGUUUUAUACGGCACUCUAAAUGGCGAUCAAUUCUUACUUAAAGCCUAUAUAUUUCAGUUGACAUUAUAAUUUUGUACGUAGUGACAGUUUUGAAGG